AAAACACAAUAGGAAAUUUCUAAGAGUUACUAUUACUAUUGUAUAAGAAAAACUAAACAGGGAAGACAAGACACAGACAUCGUAGAAAGAAAUGGAAGUGACAAGUGCUGUUCAUUCAGUUGGGUUUCUCAAACAACUUGAAAGGUUCAACAGCACCAAUAAUGGACCCUUGUUCCUAUCCACAAAAACCACUACACCAAAGAACACUCUUCUUCAUUGUUAUCUUCAUCCAAACCAAUUAAGCACCAAAAACAAUGGUGGUAGAAACAGUAAAAGUGUGAUCAUCAACUCAACUUCUUCUUCUGCUGCUUCCAUAGAAACUUCAGGAUCAUUAUCUGAAGUUGAAAAGAUAAAGCAGAAAUGUCUUAAGUGGAAGUGGAAGGGUGAAUAUUCUAUAAAUUAUUUUGUUUCUUCAGAUUCUGCAAAGUCCAAUAACCCUCCUCUGUUACUUGUCCAUGGCUUUGGUGCUUCCAUUCCUCACUGGCGCAGGAAUAUCAAAACACUGUCUGAGAAUUAUACUGUUUAUGCUAUUGAUCUUCUUGGUUUUGGAGCAUCAGAUAAGCCACCAGGCUUUUCAUAUACCAUGGAAACAUGGGCCGAGUUGAUCUUGGAUUUCUUGGAUGAAGUUGUUCAGAAGCCAACAGUACUAAUAGGAAACUCUGUUGGAAGUCUUGCUUGUGUCAUUGCUGCUGCUUCAGGCAUUAUUCGACCAGAUUCAAGUGAAACUCUAGUUAGAGGAAUUGUGCUAUUAAAUUGUUCUGGUGGCAUGAACAACAAAGCAAUUGUUGAUGAUUGGAGGAUCAAGUUACUCCUACCCUUGCUUUGGCUGAUUGAUUUUUUAUUGAAUCAAAAGGGAAUUGCCUCUGCAAUUUUUGAGCGUGUUAAACAAAGAGAGAAUUUGAGGAACAUCUUGAGUUCAGUGUAUGGAAAUAAAGAGUCUGUGGAUGAUGAACUUGUGGAGAUCAUUAGGGAACCGGCGAAUGCUGAAGGAGCCUUAGAUGCAUUUGUAUCGAUUGUAACAGGGCCACCAGGGCCUAAUCCAGUGCAAUUGGUGCCAAAAAUCACAUUGCCUAUUUUACUUUUAUGGGGAGAUGAAGAUCCCUUUACUCCAAUUGAUGGACCUGUUGGAAAGUACUUUUCUUCAUUGCCUUCUCAACAAGAAAAUGUUCAACUUUUCAUGCUUGAAGGGGUUGGACAUUGUCCUCAUGAUGACAGGCCUGAAUUAGUCCAUGAAAAAUUGCUUCCAUGGUUGGCCACUCUUUAAAAUUCAUAGGAAACACAUGCAGUACUAUACAAACCUUUUAUAGUUUAUAAUUGGUGACUCAAACCUCAUAAAUUGUCACAUAUAUUCCAUAUGUAUAGAUUAUGUUGUUUAUAAAUUGUUUGUAUUCAUUUACAACCCCAA